AGCUGUGGCCCAUCGGUAUGCUGCUGAAUCGUCCUGUGGUCCUCACAUUGCCCCACUGUGCCCAACUAGACACCCCUACACCCGAUUGGACCCUCACACUUAAGACCCAGACCCACCAGGGGGCUUGGGAGGAGGUGCUGACAGUGGGGGAGGAGACUUUGUCAUCUCCAUGCUACCUGCAGCUGGAGGAAGAGAGUUGUCAUGUCCUCAUGGAGCAGCUGGGGACCUACAGCCUUGUGGGCCAAUCAUGUCCACCGCAACCUGCUUGCAAGCGUCUGCAGCUGGCGCUGUUCGCCCCACGAGCGCCCUGCCUGUCCCUCGACUACAGCCUCCGUAUCUACUGCAUCCAUGACACACCACAUGCACUCAAGGAAGUGCUGGAUCUGGAGCGGAGUCUCUGUGGAGUCUUGGUCGAGGAUCCCAAACUGCUGCUCUUCAAAGACAGCUACCACAACCUGCGCCUCUCAAUCCACGACAUUCCUCACACGCACUGGAGAAGCAAACUACUGGCCAAGUACCAGGAGAUUCCAUUCUAUCACAUUUGGAGCGCCAGUCAGCGACCUCUUGCACUGCACGUUCAGCCUGGAGAGGGGCAGCCUGGCUGUGUCGCAGCUCAGCUGUAAAAUCUGCGUCCGGCAGGUGGAAGGGGAAGGACAAUAUUCCAGUUGCUCACAGACAUCCAGGAGACCCUUCCACCACACUCGCCAUUACCUGCAGGAGGCUCCAGCCUUCCAUCCUCUCAAGUGGGAUCCUACGCCUUUCGUUUGCCUCACUCUA